AUGCCCCCAUUUAAUGAAAGCUAUCGGAUAUAUCAAUUGUGUACGGAUCAAAAUGACAAAAUUUUCUUGGGCAAUAUUCAAAACAGUGAAAUAAGUUUUUAUUUGGAAAAGUAUAUUUUAUGUUGGCCUGACUAUGUUCGGUUUGUGCCUACUAAACAUCAUUCAAUAGUUUGGUUUUUGAAAGCAUUGAGAGGAUGCGAAGUAAACCAAAUUUUAAGUCAUCACAGUCGACCAAAAACUGAUUUUGCUCGAACAUUUCAUUAUGAUUUUCUGAAGUACUCUUACGCAUUGAUAUGCGAAAGAGGAGCAAUGAUACCACAAUCAGAGCAUUUCUAUCUUUAUGCUUAUUCCGGACUAUUCAAUACUUUAUAUCAAGCAGCAAAUGCAGAUAGACAAUUGGUGUGUGAUCGGAUAAGCGAUGUAUAUGCAGAUUUAUACGGACGGUGUUAUGUACCGCAUGUGGAAAAACGGCAGACAAAAAUCAAGGAGAGAUGUAAUGGAGUCUCAGCUCCGCUUCUUAAGUUCCAGGAUUUUUUCUUGAGAUUUUCAAGGAACUGCAGUACAUUCAAAGAUUUUAUUACACAAGACAGAUCUGCGAACAUCUCUACUAUGGGACAGGCACUAACCAGAGAUGUUACUUACAUGAAUUUACUUAGCUCAAACCUCGUCUUCAACAUACACAGUGAUUCCGAAUUACCAUCUCUCGUCCUCAAGACACGUCUCCUUUUGCAACACUUCUCAUUAGCCGCAAUCAAGCUUUGGAGUCAACUAGAAACCUUGCGAGCCUGCCGUUACGCCACGAAAUCGAACUACACAGAGACGUAUUCGUAUUCUAAUGAGACAGAGGAAGAGAGAAUGGCAAAGUUGGGGAACUUGAUAACACAUAACUGCUGUCCAUCGACUAAUAUGCAUAUAUGUGAUUUGAAUAAUGAAAGAAAGUAUCAGAGAAUGGCGAAAAACGCGAAUUUCGGAUUCCGCAUAGAAGCUGGUCUUUUAACUGCAAUAUGCUUCAACACUGUUCUGUUAUGUUUCUUAUUGGGGAAAACUUACAACAAACUGUCCACCGCUACAAUUCUAUUCGUUUUGAACAUCAUGGGAUCAAAUAUUGCUUUUAUGUUCUCCUUCACAUACUUUUUCAUGGAUCUUUUAUAUCAGGAUAAGUAUGGACCAAUCAAUGAGGAUUAUAUGGAAAAAUCUCCGGAGCUUAUUAUUGCUGAGACGUUGCAAACUCAUUUGUUUGCACAUAGUGAAUUCAAAAAACAUCUUGUCCAGGAAACCUUGUACUCUCUGGCACAGAACGGAUCACUAACUGGACUCAUUCAUCUACUGGUUUUGGUUUUGGUUGUAAUCAACAGGUCUAUGUCAGGAAAGUCAAUUCACUUAUCAAAAAUAUCAGUUGUCUCAGUAUUCGCUUGCGUGUGGAUAUUCCUAAUAGCCUCACAUGUCAUGUUUUCCAUCAUGCAGAUGAAUGCCAUAAACAAUCUCGAUGCACUAUUUUCGAAUUUAUCCAAAGGGAGGGUGAACCUGUCAUGCAAUGCCUUGAAUUUCAGAUCCAUGGAGUCGGGGUAUGAAGAAAUCGCAUCUCAUUGUGAUCGGACUGCAGUUUUUCACGCGUUUGGUGCUUAUUUAUUAAGGGGUCAUACACUAUUCACAAUAUUAUUUCUAUCCGCUUCAAUCAUAAUUUUUGUAAUCACUGUCACCUACCAUAUCAAAGUUAGACGUCAACAUGACAUUAUUCAUAAUGAAUUAAGAACACAAUCACCUCAUCAACGACGGGAACGGCUGUUCCAUACACUAAUAUUAUCUAUAGUAACAUUUUUCCUAAGUGUUCUGGGUCAAACAUAUAUAGAAAUAGCAGUAUUUUGGGUGAAUGAGAGAGAGGAUAUAGCGCAGUUAUCGAAAUGGUACCACUACGCAAGGAUACUAGCAUUCAUAGACCCUGUUAUGAAUCCAUUAAUUGUAAUAUUACGAACACCUGCUCUACGUCGACAACUUCGAUCUCAAUGGACGACGAUACGGUCCAGAGCGUCGUCACGCACCCGGUCAGCUCAUAGUCAUCGAGAGAACGCCGAUACAAGUGUCAAACGAAAACGUUCAAGUAGUGCACGGAUGAGAAAAGACGCGGAAUUGAUGAUGUCGUUGAUGCCCACAGAUCGACCGGUGACCUGCGUGCAUCUCACUCGAUCAUGUUCAUUACGUCGAAGUCAGGACUCGCAGACACACAAUUCCGUUGUAUGA